AUGCGAGAUCCAGUAGUCGCGCCGGCUGCCAAUCGAACGCUGACUUGCCAGUUCAAUCUCACUGACAAGAACGCGACGGAUUUGGGAUUGCACAAGCAGGACCUCUCGAAAUAUCGAGUAGUGGACCUGUCGCAGAACAAGUUCACUCAUGAGGCACUGCACUACAUCUUGCCAUGCUGCGCGAGAAUCCCAGGAUUGGAGAUCUUGAAGCACAAGAAUCGAAUUGGAGAUCUUGGAGCUGAACAGCUCGCCGACUUCUGCAAAAGAAGUACAACACUUAGAGAGCUGCACCUGUCUCACAACUGCUUCACCGCGCACGGGGCCGUGAUCAUCGUGCAUGCUGCUGAGCGCUCCAGGAGCUUAUGUAGAAGCCCACUGUGGCUUCGCUUGGAAAGGAACGCUGUGGAGCAUCCGGCUGAGGUGGCGGAUGCACUGCAGCAGACGCUCAGCGUUUGCUUUCGCGUAGACAGGACGGCCUGCAACAGCGCGCGCUGCUACAAGAACUGCAAAGUGCAUCUGCCAUACUUCCUCCGGCAGAACACUUUGCAGACAGAUUCAGGUGGGAGUGCAGCUCUCCGUGAGGUCGACGAUUCGAUGUCCGCCCCGGGCUCUCCAAGCAAGAAGCCGGUACGAGAUCUGGAGGAUAGGAUGGGUGCUGCCGGACCGUGGGAUGCACACAUCGAGAACCUUGAAUGCCUCCCAGAACCGAAGCUGCGGUCACUGGGAGCCGGCCGCAUGCUCAAGCGGCGGCUCUCGAAUCGCCAUGUCCCAGGACUUCAGCAAGAAUCAAGUACCGACAAACUGGCGAAUUGGUGCCAGACAGCUUGGGAUGCAGGCAACCCUUGCAAGCGCAGCAACACAAAGACGAAUGACGAGCAGGCUUGCCCAAAGAUGCCUUCCAAGCCAUCUUUUGCGUCGACGGCCGCAGGUGAUCCUUUGAAGUCUCCCACCCUCGGCGCCGAGACAGCCGCGGAACUGCCACCUUUUCCGCCACUGCCACUCAUCCCGAAGCCGCAGCAGACGCCGGAUUCCACGAUGCCUGGCCGGUGCAUGCUGAAGCCGAGGAGGGGCGAUCAGGCCCAAAGCGGGGCGGAAGGCCUCCAGGAGUCCGUGGUGAUGGCCAAGGUUGGUGAGCUCUCAGCAUGGCAUGAAGAGCUGAAGGCUCGAGAGAAAUAUCUACACCUCUGCGAAGACACUGUCCGGGAGCUUCUGCUGUCGGCAAACGCACUGGAUGUUGACAGGGAGAAGUCCGCCAUGCGUCAACUCGAAGCCUGGGCCAACGGCCAGGAUGGCCCCAUGGCGGCACGGUGCAAGCUGCGCGAAGACAGCGAGGAGGGCACCGUCCUAGCGAAGUUUGCGGCCGCGCAGAAUCCGAAGAGGAUCCGCGAGGAUGUGGAAGAAGGAGAUGGGAUCAGGAAGUCGAAGCACAUCAAGCCCAGGGCCCUCAAUGAAAAGGAGGCACCAGAUGAGGUGCCAGGAAAGAAGCAGAGAUUGAACGACGCCGGGACGUCGACGAGAUCUCCUGCCAAGGAGGAACCCAGGCGGGCUGAGACCGGCAGUAAAUGCGUGCUACCCACGGCGUCCCCAGCAAAUCCAAGGAAUGACGAGACUGAUCCCGAGCGCAUGCACCCGAAGUUGUGCUCGAUCAAGUUUCAUGCGUCCGCCUGUGGUCGCCAAGCCCCGGUGCCUAAUGAAGACAGCAUCGUGUUGCCAGUCAAGACCGAAGACGGGCCGCCUCUCACUUCAUUCAGCAGUGGGAAGGCAUGCAAUCUGCAACCGCGUCUCAAGCUUCCGCGCGCUGGCAGCUUGCUGGAGCUUCCAAACGUGCGGCGCCAGAACACGUCGGAGUCGGUGGAGCUCAGCAUUCUCGACCUGCGGCACCUGCGGCCGAUUGCUCAGGUGGAGGCGAAAUUCAUCGUGGCGUAUCGGGAGCCCGACGAAGGUGAUCUGACCGGACGCCUGCUCAUUAUCGAUCAGCAUGCAGCUGCAGAGCGGGCAGGUCUGAUGGAGCUGAGCUUUUGGAGCUGGCUGUGCGGUGACAGCAGUGGUGUUCUGCUGCGUCAGCGAAUCCCAGAAGUUGCCCUGUUCUGCGGCUGUCGCCUGGAGGCCUGGUAUCAGAAUGUGCGAGGCAUGGUAGCAGAACGGCCUCUUGGGUCGGUCUCGUCUCUCUUGGAGCGAUUCAAGGAGAUCUCCGAGGGGCCGGAUCGACCCAUCGCCAUCCUCAGGCACGAGAGCAAGGGAAACCCCAGAGAGGGAAUUCCUGGAGGUACCAUCGUACCUGUCCUUUUAAGCCUGCAGCGCUUCACCGAGAUACUGCGUGAAGUGGUGGAGGGACGGAUCGUGACCCUUCGGAGUGGAAGCUUGUCCGGGGUCUGGACACUGCAGUCCUACGUCGAGCCACGUUAUGGGUUGCGAUUCUUAAGUGUAUACACAUGCGAUGCGCAGCUAGAGGAGAAGCACGAUGCCUUCUCACAGCCUUUCCAGAAAUGCUACACGCUCGAAGGUGUGUCGCCUGAACCUUGGAAGGGCCGCUCCGACAAGUUUCGGCUCGAUGCACCUCAAAUGGAUGCCAUCGAGUCCAAGACCUUGGGAAUAGUGCGCUAUGCGCACCGGUUUCACAAGAUAGACCUCGAAGGGAUCCUCUUAGAGUUCGUUGUUGAUCAAAGUGGCCGACUUGCUGUUCACGCCUGCUGGUCCGCAUCGAUCUGCAACGCCCGGGAAUCUAGGAGGUUCCGAUCUGCAUGGCCCGAAAAGCAAGGGCGAGUGCAGGAAGUGCCACGGACUUUCAACGUGCCGCGCCUCGAGGAAAGCUUCGAGAUGGACUGGGACGAUGCCCUGGACGAGCCACAGGGCUUCGAGGGCGAGAAGGUCUCAGUGGAUGACCCCACGCAGAAUGCCCACGCAGCGGGGAGAGCCCGAAAUUUCCCUGCACUGCUUCUGGAAUUCUGGCAGGGGGAUACCUUCCUCGGAGAAGCUGCCUUCGGCCGGCAAUGCACUGCAUCCAGCUCUGGGCUUCGCAACCUGAACAUCCUGCCCUUAGGUCAUGCACCACCUCUGAGGUCGGAUGGGCGUAAGCUGAUGGCAGAUGCAGCAGGGAAAGCUAUCACAGUGGUGUCCUUAAGGCCAAGUGAAGAAGGCAGAGACCUUCUAACCUUCAAGCUCGGUAGAGCCGAGGGUUUGCCUGUCAUAGACCAUGAGGAGAAGGUCCAAGCUGUCCUGUGGACUUGGCAGAAUCCUGCCUACGUGGCAGUGUGGAGCUCAUCGGAUUCGGAGCCUGUAGAGGAGUUCGUGGAUGGCCGUUGGGCCACCGUCCAUGUUUGGAAUGGAGAGUCGGUCGACCUUGCGCUGCCUCCUGAGACCACUGCCGACGACACCUCAUCGUCCAAGGCACCGCGAAACUCUCCCAGGCCUUCGUCUGCAAGGCAGUCGCCAACAUCUCAGCACACCGUAGAUGAGGCCGUGCGGUCUUAUGACCACGUCUGUGGUGCAGAGCUGGCAGCCCACUGGGGGAUGAGCGAGGACGGGAUGCGAGGUCACCUGCUGGCAUCACAGAUUUGGCAGCGCAUGAAGCUGGACCGGAGCAAUCGCUCUGGCUUGGUUAAGCGUUUGGCUCAGCAAGUCGUGAGCUUCCACAACCUGCAGCGGCAAUGGGAGCUCUAUCUCGAAACUGCCCAUCACAAACAGAGGGAAGCAGAGAAGAACUUUGCGAUUGAAGAGAAGGCCCUGCAGGAUGCAAUGGCCAGGCGCGACGAGGUCAUUCAGUAUCACAAACAGCGAAUGGUCGCUGCAUGCCGAAGGCUGUACACCGAGUGCGACGAGUAUCGAGAACGCGAGAGUGCCGAAGCCAUAGCGCUGGCUGAAUCUCAGCAAAGGGUCCAGGAGCAGCGAGAACGACUAGCUGACCUCACGGACAAGAGCGACCAUUUUUCAGAGUCACUGAAACAGGUGAGAGGCAAAGUGGAUGCACUGCUGGCGGAAGAUGUUCGUUUGCGACAGAAGCUCGAUGAGAUACGAGCACAGCACUUGGCAUCCCACCAUGCUUGCAUGAGGACAGUAUCAGACGAUCUCGCGGAUCUUGCUACAAUUAAAGCUGAUCUGAUGCGUAAACAGCGGGCGGCACGGAAUGAGCACAAGCACAUCUUAAAGAUGGAAGACUUCGUUCGACGGGUCGCCAAUCAAGACACAAAAUCCCUACGAACAGGUGGGGGCUUCGUGUUGAAUAGCAUGGCAAAGACCGAAGCGCAAUUGCUAGUGCAAGAAUUGUUCUUGGAGUGA